AUGAGAAAGAAUAAAGAAACUUUUGAUAGGAAAAUAAAAAUUGAAAAAAAAUGUAUUUUGGAUAUUCUAAAAGAAAAUGAUUGUGAAACAAUAGAAGAAUUAAAAAAUUUAGUUACUUUCUUGAAUAAUGAAAACAAAAGAUUACAUUCUAUGAAUAUAGAGUCUUUAAAAAAAAUAAAUAUCUUAAGUGUUAGAGUUAAAAAUCUAGAAAAGUUAACAAAAAAUUAUAAUGAACAAUUUAAUCAAAAUAAAAUAAGUUAUAUAAAAAAGUAUAAAAAAAAGUUAAAUGAUUUAAAAAACCAAAUAAGUAUACUAACAAACUAUAUAAAAGAUAAAGAAAAUGAAUAUAAUAGACUUAUUGAAGAACAAGAAAAAUACUUUAAAAAUUUUUUUAUAAACUUAAAUAAGAAUAUAAAUUUAAUUAUAUCACAUGACAAAGACAAGAAUUGCAGUACUACUUAUGGAAGCUCUUCUAAUUCUAGUUCCCUUAAAAUUAAAAAUAAUGAAGAAACAUAUCUAGACAGUAAGAUAAAAAAUAAUAUAUUCUCUUCUUCGUCUAUUUCUAAUGCUUCCUAUUUUGAUAAUAAAGAUAUAGAAGAAAAAAAUAGCCAAAUUUUAAAAAAGAAAAAUAAAGAUGAGACUAUUAACGAAAAAUUAAAUAACAAAAAACAGAAUUACUUAGAAAGUGAUAUUUCUGAUAAUUUAAAUAAAAUAAAAUUACAAAAAAAAUUAUCAGAUAAUUUAAAUCAUUCAUCAACGAGAAAAGAUAUAAAUAAAAAUAAAGAAGAUAUGUAUAAAAAUGUUGAAAAAAUAAAGAGUUUGAGUGAAUCAAUUAAAAAUAUUGAUAAUGAAUUAUUACAUUUUAAAAACAGGGAUUUAAGUAAAGAGAAAAAUUGUUCUAUUUAUUCCAAAUAUAUUACAAAAUUGGAUGAUUCCCUGAACAAUUCUUCAUGUUUAGAAUUUGAAAAGAAGAAAAAUAUAAAAAUAGAAGAAAAUGAACAAAAUCCUAACUUAGCUGAAAAUAAAAUAUCAGAAGAAAAACUAUUAGAAGACACUACAUUAAGCAAAACAGUUGAAGGAAGUAAAAUAGAAGCACAUAAAAAGUUAAACAAAAUAAUAGAUUAUAAUAUUGAUAUAAAAAAUAGAUUAAAUAAUUUGCUCGAAGAUAUGUAUAUAGACGGUAAUAAAAAGAAAGAUAAUUUGACCAGUAACGAUUCUAAUAAAAAUAUUUUCAAUAAUUUUUGUAAAACAAUGAAUUCAAACAAUAAUUUAAUAGAUAUCUUAAAUAAUAAAUUGAAUAUUACUUGUUUAGAAGAAAUAAAUAAUAAUAAGCCUAAAUAUGUUAAAUUUAAUACUAUUCAUCGUGAAAUUAUGAACCCUCGCCAAAAAUUUUUUAGUCAAAGCAAGAGUUCAAUAGACCAUAUUAUUUGUUUAUAA